UUGUACGUGAAGGAAUUAUCCAAACAACUGACACAAAUCUUCAGAUAUGGAUUAGUUUCCCUUCCAGCGACAUUUUUAUGAGUAAACAGGAACACUUGUGAUAAAUGUCAAGGAUCGAUGUAAAAACGUCGUUUGAUAACGGGAGAACUGGUGCGAAGUGAAAAGCAAACACAAGAUUGAAAAGGCAACAUUCGAAAAAUGGAGGAGAAAAAGAUGUUUGGAAUAAAUGGAAUGGAACAAAAUGACGUUGGAGCAUUGACGCCAGAACAACAACAAAAACUUAACGAGUUUAAGAUAAAAACAAGAUUUGAAAAUGAAAGAUAUUUGCGAGAACAUCCAGAGGUAUCUUGUCUUCUUACUGGAUUUUUAGGGAGUAUCUUGCAAAAAAGACCUGAGAAUGUCAGAGAAUUUGCUUCAAAAUACUUUUCAGACCCUGAGUUACCUGACAGAGUGGAAGCACAGGUUGCAGAAUUAAACAGCAGACUGAAGAGAACAAAACCAUAAUAAGAAUCAUGUGGUGCAUUUAGAAUUAGUUAUGAUAAUCAUUUACCAUCUGGAAUAGUUUGUGCUCAUAACAGUGAGAAAUGAUGCAAUGAUAAAAAGUUAGUGAUAGUUGAUACUACAGCCUGGCUGUUUGAAACUUGUUUGCAUAUGUUGUGCUUUGUAAAACAAAAUGCAAAAUAACUUAUUUGUCAUGAUUCAGUUUGUUGUACAUUUUCCUUUGUCUAUUUAUUUUUAUUUGUCUACUCUUGCUCAUAGGAUUCUCCUUCUGUAGUGAAUGAAUAUAAAUCUUGCUUAUUAAGCUUUGUUCCUCUUUGUUUGUUAGUGAUUUUGAAAUUGUUCAAACAUCCACACAUAAGGUUUAAUAUCUAUGUUAUAUUUUGCCUGGUGCAUACAUGUCGGUGGAAAUUGUCCUCAGGCUGUUAUAUAGUCACUGUGGAUAGAUAAGGCAUAGUGUGUUCAGUUGACCUUUCCAUUUUUCCAUUAUUUAGUACUGUGCUCCGAGUUGAUUUUCACAGUUGGACUUGUGGUUCCAACUUGCAAUAUAUAAUUUCUAUGGUCAACCAUCUUAUAUUAGUAGAGAAUGUUGGCAGUUAUUAGGAAUGAUUAUCAGGAACCUAGGGUGCAUUUUCAUGGAACAUUCCCCCAUUUUGUAAAUUUUCGUGUAAUUAUAUUAAACCCUGGAAAAUGUCCAGUAUU